AUGUUCUUUGUGUUCUUUGUGUUCUUUGUGUUCUUUGUGUUCUUUGUGUUCUUUGUGUUCUUUGAGCCUUCGCGGCAGGGAUCAGCGUAUCGCAGGUCUGGCGAUAACAUCGAGAAACGACUGGGCGCCCUGGAAGCCACCAUCCAGCACAGCCAUCAUUCAGUUGUGGAGUCUCUGCGUGGCAUCCAGGCCGAACUGAGAUCAGUCCGCAAAGAGCUUAGGCAUAUACGUGUGGAUCUCGACGCGUUGGACGGCCAGGAGUCGGAGCGGGUCUCUUUCGCAGGUGUACACAACCGCACCACUGAGAGUAUGGCUACCCGACCUGGACUGAGCACUGGCAAUAAUCACGAAGGGACUAAAUUCGAUGUUAACUGGCAAUGGUCGAACGGCGCCGCGACCGACUCUUCGACUGUCCACAAGUCCCCUCCGUUUGAGACAGCAAAACCUAAUGCGCCCGAGUUCGGCAGCCUGUUCAAGCCACGGGCGACCAAGCCCAUACCAGGCAAACCCCUUGGUGUUACCCGUCCCGUCCCUACCACCACCACAGAGUCGUCGGUACCUGCUGGAGAGUCAAAUGAUCAGUCACUCCAGAAAUCUGCAAAUCAAGUACCGGCGAAGAUCGUCAGUCAGAAAGCGAAGUCUGACGCCAAACGAGCAAACGCCGGCAGCACACUACCAUCCGUUGAAUUGCCGCCCCACGUGCAUGGCACAAACGUUGGCCAGGAGAAUAAGACUGACAGGGCCGAGCCCCACGCUUCAUUGGGCGUGACUUCGGAGACUUCUGAGCCUAAGAGCCAUUCGGAGGCGAAGAGUGUGGUGAAGGACAUCUGGACAUCGACGCGACAGGGUCAGUUAAUAGAUAUACGUAGUGACGACGAGGAGCUGUAG